AUGAGAUUGAGGCAUCGUAGCAGCAACGUUGGUUUGGAGCAUAAUCUGUCUUGUCUAGUAUUAAAGAAACUGUGUCGUAAGUCGAGUUUCAAAUUUUGUAAAACGCUUUUUGGAAGAGCCGGCAGUGGAUAUCUUGUAGAAAUUGAACAUAGUUUCCCAUGGGAUUCUAGAGAUCCAAAGCACAAAGAAUUUCUGUGGAAUCCAGAAGCCUUUUCAGAGAAAAGCAGUGAUAUCUUUCCCGCAUUUGCCACGCGCUUCAGAAGAAUUUGUGUAACUGCGAUAAUAUACGGGAAAUUAUCAUUACAUUGCAUGCUAGCAUUGCUGUAUGUUAUCGAUUCCUGGAGAUUUGACGAAUUGAAAAAUGCACACAUUUCGCGAGCUGGAACUGAAUCAGCCCGUAACAUUGAACUAUAUUACUUGUUUAUGCUGUACUGUUACUGUCGACCCGUCCACAAGAGUUGGAAUUGGAAACUGAUCAACCGCAAUGUGCCUUGGAUAUCUGCUGACAGGUCGACUACGGAUGGACGAUUAUGCCAAUUCAGUGUGCAGGAAGUUUUUCACCAACAAGUUUUCCACUGA